AAAAAAAAGAAAAUUAAAUAAAAAGGAAACGUGGUGAAGUCAAAUUUUAAUAUAUGCGUGUUUAGCGAAGACGCGAACCCUCGAUAACGCUUGUCUUUGCUAUCAGUGAAAGGGGGUGGUAAGCCGCCCUGUGAUAAGACAGCUGUGGCUUUUGUUUGUUUGCCAUUUCUCUUGCUCUUGCCGCUCUCUCCUUCUCUUCCUGCAGUUGCGCAGAAAAGCCGCCAAAGAGGGGGAAUUAAAAUAUGAAUAAUGCGGAUAGUUAUAAAGCAAUUAUGGUCCCUUAAACAACGCACAACAUUAAAAGAGAGCAAGUUCGAAUUCGGUUAGGCUAUUAUUAGGUGAAUCCACACCUCUACCUCCCUCUUCCCCCGGCUCGCAGGACCUCUCUUCCGCUCUCUCCGCUCUCUCACUCCUGUGGGUGCCCAGCUGUCUGCUAAAAGAACACAUUUACAUUCUCGGCUUUGGGCGCAGUUGCAAAAGUUACGUGAAAAGGCAAGGACACCGUCACUUUCAUACCUCUGCGAGUCUGUGCGUGUGUGUGUGCGGAGAAAGCAUUAAGUUUAGAGGCGAAGGAAAACCAUUUAAAACCGGAAACUAAGCCACCUCCAAGCGCAGUGUGCAAAUAUGAAAAGGACUGCGAAAGGUACUCACAUUAGCUUGGCCAGCAAGAGGAGAAAAGCCUAGGGAUCCGCCACAAACAACCAACCAAAAACACACAAACAACAACAACAACGGCGGCUCAAUUGUCACAAUGACUAACGCCAGCUGAAGAAGACGCAAUCGGUUCAUUGGCCCCCGAAACCCGUAGUCUAGAGCCCCAUCGCCGAGGACAGGGAGCGGUCACCAUGCGACGUCCGAAAAUAUCCCUCAAGAAGUACUUCUAUUUCACGCUGAUCUGCGCCCUCCUCCUCAUUUUCGUUUUCAACCUCAAGGAGAGCGAACUAUGGAAGACGCGGAGCUCGCGAUCAAUGCAAAUAACCGCACAGCAGCAGCACCACCAGCAUCUGCAUCAGCUGCAGUCCAUGGACGAGGAGCACCCAAUGGCCACCAGUUCCACGCCGGCGCCAGCAGCACCCACUGUGCUGCCCGAAGUGGCGGAUAAUCUCGUCGAGGACCCGGAGCAGGCGGCUCAGGAGGGGGAGGAGACGGAGGCGGAUCGGCUGCAAGAGCCGCCGGUGGAGAAGGCCUGGUUCUUCAAGAACGGAGAGUACUACCCGAAGCCAGCCAGGACCUACAGCAAUCGCAAGGCCAGGAAGCGCCAUGCCCCGCGUCUGCUGCCCCACCAGGAUUCCUACUCCGACCGGAUCGUCAACCAGCUGAUGUACGUGCCGCACAACUACGAGGAGAUCAAGGCCAGCGGCAAGCUGAAGACCAUCCUCCUCUACAACGGACUGGGUCCGUGGAACGUGAAGAAGGGCCGCGACGUCUUCCUGAAAGCCAAGUGUCCCGUGGACACCUGCGAACUGACUGCCAAUCGAGAUCUGGCCAGCUCGGCCGACAUGAUCCUCUACAAGGAUCACUACAUCCCCACGGGCAUCCGGCGACCCAACAAUUCCAAGCAGGUCUCCAUGCUCUACUACUUGGAGUGCCCGUAUCACACUCAGAACGUCAAGGUGCCCGAUGCCAUCAACUGGACGGCCACCUACAGACGGGACAGUACUAUUGUUGCGCCCUACGAAAAAUGGCAGUACUACGACACAAAGGUGCAGCAGCUGGAGCAGGAUAUCAACUACUCCGUCAAUAAGACCAAGAAAGUGGCCUGGUUUGUGUCCAACUGUGGAGCGAGGAAUGGCCGGCUCCAGUAUGCCCACGAACUGCAAAAGCACAUCGAGGUUGACAUCUACGGGGCAUGCGGCAACUUCAAGUGCUCGCGGAGCACGGCGGACAAGUGCUUCGAGAUCCUGGACAACGACUACAAGUUCUACCUGGCCUUCGAGAACUCGAACUGCAAGGACUACAUCACCGAGAAGUUCUUCGUAAACGCGCUGAACAGAAGGGUUCUGCCCAUCGUUAUGGGGGCCCGGCCGGAGGACUACGAGGUGAGUGCUCCUCGGAGGUCUUACAUCCACGUCGACGAGUUCGCCUCGCCCAAGGAGCUGGCGGAGUACCUGCACAUCCUAGAUCACGACGACGAGCUGUACAACUCGUACUUCAAGUGGAAGGGCACCGGGGAGUUCAUCAACACGUACUACUGGUGCCGGGUGUGCGCCACGCUCCACAACGAGGAGCAGCUGAGGAAACCCCGGUGGUACACGGAUCUCAACGACUGGUGGCGGGGUCCCGGGGUCUGCACCACGAGAUCCUGGCGCAACUUCAAGGCGCGCAAGGACGUUAUCAGCGACUCCAGCGAUGACUGAGUCCAAGUCCUCGAGGCGAUCCAGAUCGUGGGCAUGGGCUUUCCGUAGAUCAGAAGUCCCAAUCAUCAGUGAGUCCCUCGUUUUUGAAUUGCUGUUUCGUAGGUAUCCCAUCCCCACUUUCACUAUCACUAUCCACCGGAUGGGUCUAUUUUGUUUCGAGAAAUAAUGUGCGAUAUGAGGUCUAAGGUUUGAAAAAAUGCCAAAUCCUUAAAUAUUAUUAAAACCGUUCUCCUAAGAUCUUAAUAUAGUAAUCUUGGAAUCUUACAAUUUCAAAAUUUCCACUUUUAAAUCAAACUAAAUUUCAAGGCCUUUAGUCGCAAUCAAAAAAUCGGCCCAUCCUUUGCUAAUCCAUGUGUAAAUCGUCGCUUCGUUUUUGUCGGAGUUUUACGUAAAUGUUUUUUGUAGUUAGUUAGUAAGUAAACCGAUCCCCGGAGCUGGUCCGAGGGAGGAACGAUUAAGCACUAGCCCAUAGAUCCCGUGCCGAUCGUUGUAACAUAUACAGAGCAGAUGCAUAAGACAACGUAGAAACCUAGCCUAGUUAUUGUGGAUAUACAGAUGAUAUGUAUACAUAGUUCGGUAAUUUAUAUAGUUGUUUAAACCAGAAGAAAGUCCAAAAUAGACCAUUAUAAGGUACAGAGAGGCAAGCCAGUUAAAGUAGUCUGACAUUAUCAAGCUUAACUACGAUGAGAAGAGGCGUCAGCUAAUUAGCUUAGAUCUUUUGUAAGUGUUUUUGUAAGCAACCAGCAACCGAUGACUCGAUCUGAAGUGUGUUGCCUGUUAAUCGAGCACAUUUUGCUUUUCCCUUUUGAUUUUCGGUCUUACAUCUUGUCUAGCCUGGCUUUUAGUUUAAAUGUUAGCUAUAGAGAGCUACUUGAAAAGGUUUCCCAGCCUGUUGACUAACUAAUUACUCUAUAACAGAUUCGCACAAGCUAACAUAUACAUCUGAUCUAAUACAAAUACAAUCUGCAUUCCUAUUUUCACAAAAUAACAUAUGACGUAUUAUUUCGGUUCGAACAGCGCAUAUGUGUGUUUUUUACAAUUUUUGUAUUUAUUGUGUAACAUUUAAUUUAUAAGUACGGAAUAACAUUAUGUGUGUGUAUUUUGAUUGUGAACUUGUUUUAAUUUUAAUUUUUACUGUGAUACAAAAAUAAUAAUAUAAUAAUAAAAUAAAAGUAAACAGUGGCAACCAA